UUACUUUUGUAGACCUAUCUUUAUUUUUUUUAUUUUAUUAUUUAUUUAUUUUUGUUAACCAUCUAUAAUAUACUUCUAUCUAGAUCUUGUCUAGAAUGCCUUUUCUUUUAUUUAGCUAGAUUCAUAUCUAGAUCUAAUUAAAUUUAAGUAGAUUUUGAAUCUAAGUCCAGGAUAUUUGUUUACAGUUACAGUUUUGUCUCGCUCUCAGCUUCACGUUCUCACUCUCACUGGCUGACUGAGUCACUCUCUCUCAACUCUCAGUAGCUGAACUGAGUAGGCUCAGGCCCAGGCUUCAUCAUCAUUCAUGCCAUUCAUAAGAUUCAUGGCUUCAUCAUGAUCAUGUCCAUACCCUAUAAAUCUAGAUCUAGUCUCUAUCUAGAUCUAGAUUUAAAUUUUUAACAUGAUAUGAUAAUGACAAUGAUCAGGCUCAGCCACUUCAGCAAGCUCAGGAGUCAGUCAGUGCUCAGUCAGGUCGGACGUUCACGUAUCUGUUACAAAAGGGAACGAUAGUAAGCCUAUGGAUGUCAGGUGUGUAAAAGUCGUCCUAGCCUGAUACACAGUGGCUAAUUGCUGUCAUAAUUAUGUUUGAAAAUUCUGAAACUAUGUGUGUGUGGACCUAUAGUAUUUAUUGCCAAGCUCUGUUCUGGAGUAAUUUUAUAAUAACUUGAAAAGAUAAACUCAAUGCAUUUAAGUUAUGGCAUUCAAAAACUUAGACAAUGACAGACUUGAAUUGGAUUUAAGUGAAUCUGAAAUAAAACUGCAUGAAAAUCUUACGUUUAAUGAAAGAACUCCCAAUAUAUCUGCAAAGAAAUCUGAUCUGUCAUCUGGACUCAGUGAAUCAACUUACUUUGACAGCAUCAGUCUUUUAGAUUUGCCAUGGGAACAAGUACUGUGCAACUAUUUGCUUCCAUACCUCAGCAUUAAGGACCUGUUCAGACUUCGACUAGUUAGCACAGGCUUCAGAGACUUGAUACAAACUCACUUCGGGCUACAGUUUCAUGUUAACACUUGCAGUUUAGGAGAUCAUUUUUCUUCCAAAGCUUUUCAAAUCAUGACCAGGAAUAAUAUUUAUCUAAGGUCCCUGUGUGUCCGUGGGGCCAAGUCAUGGCUUAACAGCGAGACUAUCUUGCCCAUAAUUAGUUCUAAUCCACAUCUUGAAAAAAUUGACUUGACUGGGUGUUCAGCACUCUCUGGGCCAGUGAUAUAUUCCAUUGGUGUCAACUGUAAGUACUUAAAGCAUCUCUGUCUUAAAGACUGUGUAUGGCUGGUUGGAGAUAAUUUUUUGUCUUUCAUGAACACACCACUCUGCUUGGAGUUCCUUGAUUUAUCAGGAUGUUGGAAUUUAGAUGACAAUCUGAUCGUUCAGCUGGUGCAAUUUACUCCCAGCAUUAAGCAUUUGCUACUAGCCAAUCUGUUUGGAUUAACAGAUCGAGCAGUGGGAGCUAUAGCUCACAGCUGUCCUGAACUGAUUAAUUUCAGUGUCCGAAGUUGUUGGAGAGUAACAGAUAAUUCCAUUAAACUUAUUUCUCACUACUGUCCUAAACUGAAAGCAUUGCAAGUCAGAGAGUGUCGAGAUAUCACAGAAGAGAGCCUGACCUAUUUACGCUCAAAAAAAGUCAGAAUCGAUAAAGCUGCACCUUCAGGAUUAAAUUUAAACCGGCUUGAUCUUCAACAGAUAAAUUUAAAUGCCAGGAUAAAUAUGGUGCUGUAGCUUGUUCAGUGCAGAGUUCAUUUUUGUUAAUUGUCUGUGAUAUUUGCCUCAGAGUGAAGAGGAACAUAACAUUCUUCAAUAUUGUGAUUGAAUGGGUUGUAUUAUUUGUACAUAACAAAGUUAUUAUUUCAACAAAUUUUAAUAUAUGAUCAAAACUAGGUUAUCAGGGAAACAAAAUUGAUAUAGGCUGAUAUGUUUAUGUCUGUAAAAGUAAUAAGAUUUAAUGAUGUACUGUCUGAUGUUAUUAUAAAAGCAAGUUUUAAAUUGUUAGUCCUUUUUUUUUAAAAUAGCAAAUAGGAAUGUUUUGAGUCAUUUUGGUCCCUAAGGGAGAUGAAGUUGGGUUCAUUAUUUUCCUACAAUCCCUGGGGAUUUCUAAGUAAAUCUGAUGACAAGCCACUUUUACAUUCCCCCAAAACAUAUUCAGAAAGACUAUCUACUAUGACUGUGUUGACACUAUUAAAAUAGAAACCUGAUAUUUUCUCUCAGAAGUCAAGCUCCAAUGCGUCAAUACUCUGCACCAUGAGGACCAAUCAUUUGCUAGGAUUCCUCAUAUUGAAACCCCAGCCUUAGGUUAACAAAAGCUAAAAUUCAAUAUGAUGUCUAAAGCCAUAAUAAACAAAGAAUGUGUAAUUUGUCAUUAUGUUUAAGUAUAUAGAUUUAGUAUAGUUUAAAACAAAACAUAAAAGGUAUCUUAUUGAAUACUGGUAAAACUUCUAUACCUAUGGCCAAAGAGUAACUUAGCAAAAUAAACUUUGAACUCAUU